UAAUUUCCUUUUCACAAUCCUCUUUUCUUUUAAAACUGUCUCAGAUAUAUGGAGCCACAGAAUCUAACAAGUGUCUCAGAAUUCCUUCUGCUGGGCCUUUCUGAGGAUCCACGACUGCAACCCUUCCUGUUCGGGAUGUUCCUGUCCAUGUACCUGAUCACUGUGUCUGGGAACCUGUUCAUCAUCCUGGCUGUCAGCUCUGACCCUCACCUCCACAGCCCCAUGUACUUCUUCCUCUCCAACCUGUCCUUGGCUGAUUUUGGUUUCAUCUCUACAACAGUCCCAAAGAUGCUGGUCAACAUCCAGACACAGAGCAAAUCUAUCUCCUAUGUGGGCUGCCUGACACAAGUGUCCUUUUUUUCUCUCUUUGCAUGUCUGGACAAUGUUCUCCUUACUGUGAUGGCUUAUGACAGGUUUGUAGCCAUUUGUCACCCCCUACAUUACACAGUCAUCAUGAACCCCCGCCUCUGUGGCUUACUAGUUUUGAUUUCUUUUUUCAUCAGUCUUUUAAAUUUCAUAUUGCAUUGUUUGAUGGUAUCACAACUUACCUUCUGCACAAAUGUAGAAAUCACUAAUUUCUUCUGUGACCCUCCUCAACUUUCUAACCUUGCCUGCUCUGACAAUUCUACUAGUACCGUGUUUUUAUAUUGUAUCGGUGCCAUCUUUGGUGGCAUUCCAGUCUCAGGGAUUCUUUUCUCUUACACUCGAAUUGUUUCCUCCAUUCUGAGAAUUUCAUCUUCAGGUGGAAAAUUUAAAGCCUUUUCUACUUGUGGUUCACACUUAUUAGUUGUUUUUUUAUUUUAUGGGACAGGAGUUGGAGUGUACUUCAGUUCAACUGUCACAUCAUCUGCCAGGAAGGGUGCAGUGGCCACAGUAAUGUACACUGUGGUCACCCCCAUGCUGAACCCCUUUGUCUACAGUCUGAGGAACAGAGAUAUGAAGAGAGCCUUGUGGAGGCUUCUAGGCAAAGCAGCCUAA